CGACUGCUAGCCGAGCGAGGCCUCCGAUCUGGGACAUCAUGAGGACGCGAAUCGUUCUCCAACUGGCGUCGGUGAUGCUCCUAGCACCGUGGUCGGAGGGUCUCUUCUUCGAGUACCCGAAGAAGGCGCUCAUGGAGUUCUUCCAGUCGCUCAAGGAGAAGAAGGAGGCGAAGAAGAGCCAAGGGGGUGUCGUCCACCAUUAUCACAUGCACUACUACCCCUCCCCCGUGAUCAUUCCCACCGAACAUUUGGCCAAAGCUCCGGGAAAACGGGACCUGGAGUCGUUGCAUGGGGAGCAGCUGAGGUCCCUGGGGUGGUCCGAUCAGGAGUAUAAAUCGGUACCAGAGCCGGAAGUUCUGUUACCGGAUAGCUGGUCCGACCAGCACGAGUACCACGAGCAACCAUGGACGUGGGAAGACAAGGUCAUCGGUUGGUGGUUCAGAUUGAUGUGAUCCUCGCGCGAUCCUGACCGGGAUCGUGAUCAUCAGGGCUACCACCAGCCGGAGGUCGUGGUGCAGGUGCCGCUGCAUCAGCAGAUUAUUCUCCAGCAACCUCCGAAGGAGGAAAAAUUAAAUCCCCUGUCUAGCUUCUUCCAGAAGAUACAGCGCAUCAAGAACACUCUUUUCAGCAGCCAGGGCAAAAACGAGGACAAGUGCAAAGACAACACCGAAGUCUAUGCCAACGACUUGAACACUUACGUCGUCUACUUCCGACCCAAAAUGGCCAGGAAGAUGUGA